AUCAAAUUAAAGCCAGUCAACGACCAGAAUGAUCUGCAGCAUAGAAGAGUUUUAUUUAUUGAAAAUGCCUUGUGCAAAGGGGUGUUUGCGGAAUUCGAAUCGCGGUAAAAUUAUGUCUGCUAAUCAAGAAGAAGUUUUACCUGAAGGUUGGGAAGUUCGCAAAAGUAGGAGUACAGGCAUGACCUAUUAUUUGAACAAGCAUACUAAAAAAUCGCAGUGGGAAAAGCCAGAAGGACCUGCACCGCUAGUUGAUGAAGAUGAAGAUGACAGUAGUGCCCCGAAGCAAGUGCAAUGCAGUCACAUUCUGGUAAAGCAUGCUGGUAGCCGGCGUCCGUCAUCAUGGCGUGAAGAAGUAAUAACGCGCAGCAAAGAAGAAGCACUGGAUAUUCUGAAAGAUUAUCGCGAAAAAAUUGUUAACAAAGAAGCUACUUUUGAAGAACUGGCCAGUUUAUAUUCUGAUUGCUCGUCCGCUAAACGUGAUGGAGAUCUCGGAUUCUUCAAGAGGGGUCAGAUGCAGAAGCCUUUUGAAGAUGUAGCGUUCAGUAUGAAGGUAGGCCAGCUCAGCCAACCAGUAGAAACUCAGUCAGGCGUUCAUAUCAUACUCAGAACAGCUUAAAAGGCAUAAUAUAUCCCAUAAUGACUUAGAAAUAUACGAUAUAAUUUUUUCGAAAUGUACUUAUAUUACAUAAUACGAUAAUAACAGAAAAUGUUUAAAGAAUACUGAAAGAAAAUUGUUUUGUAUAGAGAUGGACUAUGCAUUUCGGACGAUUGAAUAACCUUUAAGUAAUAGCCCUGUGUUAGGCAAUUUAUCACUCACUCAACUCCAAUUUUAUGGCUCAAGACAACCUAUUUGUACUACACGUACGAAUUAACAUGAUACCUGACGUCCUAUUCUAUUUCUCCGAAAACGAAAUUUCAUCAAUUUUCGAAAUGCUAAAUAUAACUCCAAAUAAAACACAAUUUCCGAGAAUUUAUAAUGGAAUAAAGGUAGGACCUGGCACUUACUCUGAUGCACAGAUAAUCUUCACAGAUAUGGUUUUAUCAAAAUUAUAAUGGUUUGUAAUUUUCCGAAUUUUCGUUAGAGGACAAAUAGUAUAAGGUAUCAGGUAUCAGGUACGGAUGUUCGUACGAGUACUAUUACACGCGGAAGGGCUACAUAAACACAAUCUGGAGUAUUACCAACUUACCAACACAUAGCACCACCGGGACUCGAAACUUGUGUAGUACUAGCGACAUCUGGUUUGACUUUGUGAACUACUUUUUUAAACGCUUCCUUAUAAAAGUAUAAUACUGAAUUUACUGAUUUAGAUAUUGCAUUGCAUUCAAUAAGAAAAUUGAGUAAAAGACUGAAAGUCCUAACUCUAAUAAUAUUUUUUGAUAUUGAAAUAUUUUGUUAUACUUUUUUUUAUUACAUAUCUUUGUACAUAUGGGUUACAUAUGUUUCUUCAAUUUAAUGUUUUUAAUUAAUUUAUGAAUAGUUAUUAUAAUUUAAAAUAAGUGCAUAAAUGUAUCACAAACGAAUAAUGUUUUAUUACUGAAAUACUUGGAACCUCUAUAUACUUGCUUUUUUUUAUAAUUACAUUGUCUGGUAUUAUGAAUUCUAUCUCGAAAAUAAAUGUAAUGUCUAAAUAAUGGUUCCAUAUUGUUUAUGUCCCUAAUAAAUUAAAAUACACG